CCAUCUAGAUGGUGUGCGACUUCAGUGAGCAGCACCAGCCUCAACCUGGUUUGCCAUUGGAGGGAAUAGGAAAGCGAUCUGGAGGUCGCAGAGGCCAUCACAGGAACAAGGGGAUGCACCAUAGACCUGACCUGACAGCUCAUCCACCUACAGUGGAGGUUUUGGAACGGAUGAGGGAGCCAGUGCGUCAUAUGCCCAUAACCUACGCUGGUGGCCAGAGUGGUUUUCCCCCUUUCUCGUACCAUCAGCCUGUGUACUACAUGUGUCUUGGGACAGCACAGCCUUUCUAUGGUCCUGCCCAAGGCCACCAUCCACUUCCAUUUGUUACAGCUAUGGUCUCGCCCCAGCCUCCACCACACGUGGCUAUGGCAGCUCCAAGUACCAUGGCUGGCGAGCCAGUGACAGCGGCACAUUAUGCUGAACCGCCUGUUCUGAGCCCGUCCAAGGAAGAAGUGGCCAGCCCUGUGACCAUCAGCACCAUUGAGCAGUCUCCAGCAAUUUUGGAUGAUGUGGAAUCGGCAGAACUAUUGGCCGGUACUGUUUCUUGCGAGGCAGAUGAAGCAGUGCAUGAGAUAGCCAAACCUGCAUCUCCUCUGCCAACCACUUCGCCCAGUAAUGUGCUUGAAGCAGCUGUGCCUGUUGUUGAGCAAACUCUAGCUGCGACUGCAGUAGAAGAGCCAGCUCCUGUGCCCUCUGUAGUGAAUGGCUCUGGACCAGCCAGGCGCUGCUGGGCUGACCUGUUCAAGGCGGGCUCCAGUGAAGUGGAAGAAUCAAGUAAGCGGCAACAAGUGGUGCCCCUUGCACAUGAUGGUGCCACGAGUGACUGUGAGGAGGAGGUGCGACUACGCCGGGCAUCUGUACCAGAGUCUGGCGACACCAGGCUUGGGUGGGCUUUGCGUAACUCCACUGUCAAUCACACACCUCCAUUGAUUCAACCCAGAGGCUUGGAGAACGGCAAGAACUGGUGCUAUAUCAAUGCCAACCUCCAAGCCUUAUUGGCUUGUCCAGCUUUCUACAACCUGCUGUGCAGCUUGCCUCUGGUACCUGGCAUGCCUGGUUCCAAUGGAACACCUCUCUUGGAGUGCCUCAUGUAUUUUCUGCAGACCUAUGCAAUUCCCAUGGUGCGUGAAACUGGCAAGAAGGAUGAACUGGUUAUUGGAUCAUCAUAUGACCCUGAACAAUUUAGGGACCUUCUGAUGAAGAUAAAACCUGACUGCAAAAAGGGAAAGCAAGAGGAUGCGGAGGAAUUCUUAAGCUUCAUGCUGAACGGCCUACAUGAUGAAAUGGUGUCAUCAAUGCGUUCUGUGAGCAAUGGUCUCAAUGGACAGUGCAAUGGAGAGGCUCAGCUGCCAAUUGAGCAUGUCGACGAUGACAACGAUGAUGAAGGUGCUUGGAAGACUGUCACCCAUCGCAAUCGACACCAAGUAACACGUUCAGCGGAGUAUUCAAAAUCUCCAUUAAUGGACAUAUUUGGAGGUGAAAUGCGCUCUUCUGUGACAGCCGAUGGAGAGACAUCAGCUUCGCUUCAGCCAUUCUUCACUCUGCAGCUGGACAUCCAGGAUGGGGUUAAGACUGUAGAAGAGGCAUUGAUGCACCUCGCUGCUGAAGAGAAGGUUCAGAACUACCAUAGCAGCAAGAGCAACAAAGAGGUGGAUGCUUUGCGGAGAACUACCUUGGAAAAGCUACCGCUGGUGCUUAUUCUUCAUUUAAAACGUUUUGUGUAUGACAAGAAUGGUGGCUGCAAGAAGCUUAUGAAUGCCAUACACAUACCUCAUAAACUUCAGCUUGACCGCAGAUUGGUGUCAUCUAGCGAGAGGUCAAAUAAGCAGCAGCGCUGCUAUGUGCUAUUUGCAGUAUUAAGCCACAGUGGAGAGCGCACAGACAAAGGUCAUUAUGUGACUGAUGCCUUCCACCCAGCAGGACGCACAUGGCUUCGUUGUGAUGAUGACAAUGUGACACCCAUUGCCCAAGGCGAGCUGCUGCGUUUUGAGAACUCAUCUCUUGUGCCCUAUCUACUCUUCUAUCGACGUGCAGACACUGACCAUCAGGCUAGGUAGACAAAAGUUUAAUAGGACAUUCAAGGCGGACUGGGCAAGGCGUUGCCAGCAAGUGGUGGGCCAGUGUGUGCAAGUGCCCUUUUGUGCAUACUACUAAACUUGGGCCCCGUAAUAUUGGGUGCCUCGUCCUUUUAUUUUUUUAUUAUUAGUAGUAGUAUUCUUUCUGCUCUCCUUGUGCAAAGUGUGGGCACUACCCUAUACAGUCUGUUUUGUGCCGUGUGUGUCACUUUACCUGUAGUUAACUGCAAGUUCUCUUUCUUGUUUUAACAAGCUGCGGCACAGUGUUCUUUUUGCUGACAAUGUGUUUCUUUUGCUUUGUCUGUUUAUCUGUGCACAGCUAUUUAUUAUGGGCCUUCUCUCCUUGCGCUCAUUUCAAAACCCGGGUGCAUUUCAUGUUGCUUUGGGUGCUGGGGGAGGAAGGGUUGGCUUAGGGCUCUUCCUCCCCCAGCUAAAACUUUUCUGCUGGCAGCCACCCAGUUGCUUAGGAGUUGUGUGGGAGCAUCUGUACAUAGAAGUGUUAUGCAAGGGCACCAAACCAGAACUUAGUGCUAUGGUACUACUAGCUGCAACAUGCAGACUCUUAAGUUUUUAUGAUUGGUGUGCUUUCCAUGGAGAUGGUCGACCAUGCAAAAGAAACACUCACAUAAGUGCCUCACGUUUUAUAGUUCUGGGUAUGCUAAUGUACUCUUAUGCAACCACAGUCUGAAAGGUUGACCGUCUCACCCCCCCCCCCCCCCCCCUCGAACAGACAUGGACAGCCUGUGUAGGCAUCACAUAGGAUUCAUUAUCCUAAUGCCUCUAUGAUAAUUCUGUGCCCCCUGGUCCCUUCCCCUGCUUCUUGUGCAUACUGUGCUUUCAAAGAUAUUACUUAGUGAAACUUCACUGGUGUCGCACAUGACCGCACUAAUUUUUUGAAUUUGUUGUUACCAAGUUUAACUACUGUCGUCUUUCAUUUUUGCUGCUGUUUAACAGCUUAAUUGUAACUAAAGUUAUGUUCUCAUCUUCAAGCAUUUGUUCCUUAAUGUAAAGGAGAGCGAUAUUGUUAUAAAGCUUUUGCAUGGAUGGUGAAGACUUUCAUGCUGUGAUGGAUGCUACAAUAUCUCUGCCAACAAGUGUUAAGGUUUGGUAUUAAUUUUUGGAUAUAGGACUCCUUCUUAUUGAAUAUGCAAAUGGCCUAAAGAUUACAGUUUGCCUUGCCAUUCAAGCUGAUGAACAAGAACACAUUAGCAUAUGCUUGCACCAGUAGUUGUCAUGGUAAUAGUAGCUUAGGUAGCUGGGUGACAUAAAGGCAGGUCACCCCAUGUGCACCAUAAAGUCAAGUUCAUAUGCCAUGUACAUUCUGAAACUUGCUCAUUUCUUUUUCACUUGGAAGUUUCUGUAACAUGAAUGAUCACAAUUCGCUGUGUAAGUGUGACUCAUUUAUUUGCACUGUGGAUCUUUUCACUCAGCUUUUAGUUCACAAGAUAACUGUCAGGUCAAAUGGUGUAUUGAAAACUUGGCUCAUGUUGUAUGGGGUGUUCUCUAUUGUGCUUGUGAGUCGCUCCAUGUGGUCAGUGUUCUCAGGACUGAGAAAAGUGCUUGAGAAACUAUGCUUACAUAUUUACUGAUAAAUCAUAAAAAGCUGUGCAUUGUUUUUGUUGUAAAAUUUUUUGCUGGUGUAAAGUGCAACAGUGGUGCAUGUGAGAGUGACUUAAUUUGCGUGGUGACCCUGAGCCUGCAUGCAUAGUUCCCCUUUGGGUUUGUUGCUUUGCGUUUUUCACGCUGAUCACUUAAGUCAGGAACAGUGCCUUGCUAUAUUAUUAGAGCUAGUCAGUUUGCAUUAGCUUUGCUGGAAAUGGUUUGGUUGGCUGUAGACAAGCAUAAUGAGUGUUUCUGAGAACAUUUUCAUAACUGUACAUACACACUGAUGCAAGUGGCAUGCUUUGUCCCUCUUGUAAAAAUAUGUAGGUUGUUCCAAUUGUGUGUGCAAAGUCACCUUGUUUACCCAUAAGUUAAUUGAGGAAUGUCUGUUUUGAGUGCAAGCUGUAUAAGAACUAUGUUUGCUGUUGGCAAAUUUAAUACACAAUAUGCCUCUCAAUUAGAGGACUAUAUAUUUCUAAUACUGUGUACAUAGUAGUUUCACUUUAAGAAAACUGGUGGCAGAUUUUUAGACAUGUUUUAAACUUGUUACUGCUUGAAAUUCUGAAGUGCAUAGGGCUGUUUUUAUGUUUAUUGAAAGUGUGAUUUGCAGUGGGCUAUUUUUUUUUUUUUUCUUUUAAUGAACUGUAAACAUGCCAGGAGUGCUUCAGGAUAUUGCCCAUAAUAGGAUUUUGUUUCAUUUAGGGCAAAAUGAUGUUGAAAUGCAACACUUCGUGCUUUGAAUAAAAACAUUCAAUGCUUC